AAAAAGUCACGUGUGCCUUACUUCCGCGCCUUUCAAACCGGGAAAUGAAAAUAUGAAAACAGUUAAAAGUGAGGCUAUUUCUUUAAGAUGAGUACACCAUCAAAAUCUCCAAAGCCUAAAGGCAAGGAACGUGUGUGUGUAUUUUGCGAGCAAGGCAACAUAUCUGAAGAAACAUAUGGAAAACUGAUUUCUAAAGCUGGCGUCACAGCUCAUUAUUUCUGCAUGCUGUUUUCUAGCGGACUUAGUCAGAAUGGGAAAUCAGAGAAGCAGGGAAUUCUGGGCUUUCUUCCAAAUGAUAUCAUGAAAGAAGUAAAACGUGGUGCUAGACUGAAAUGCAGUUAUUGCAAAAAGGUUGGAGCCACCAUUGGUUGUGUUUUACGCAACUGUAAAAAGAUGUUUCAUCUAGGAUGUGGAAGAGAUAAUAACACCCUGCAUCAGUAUUUUGGUACAUUUAGCUCAUUUUGUCCAGCUCAUAGAAACCAACAGGAUGUACCCUCCGAUGAUGACCCGAAUAUUGUCUGCUCUAUAUGCAUGAAUACAGUCACUGCAAAGCCAAGUAAUGAUACAAUACGAGCUCCCUGUUGUAGCAAGUACUGGUAUCAUAGGGAUUGUGUUCAGAGGUAUGCGACUUCAGCUGGGUUGUAUUUCUUCAAGUGUCCAUUAUGCAACAACAAGGAUGAGUUCCAGAAUGAAAUGCUUACAAUGGGUAUAUACAUUCCUGACCAGGAUGCAUCAUGGGAAAAGGAACCUCAUGCUUUCCAUGAACUGUUAGAACGUUACGGACAUUGCGAUGCUCCGGUUUGUAAAUGUGCAGAAGGAAGAAAAUAUGAUAAAGAUGGGAGUAAAUGGGAGAUAAUUCUGUGUGAAUUUUGUGGGUCCCAUGGUGCGCACGUGGCUUGCAACCAUUUGGAGAAACUUGGGAAGCAUGAUAUAUGUAAAGGGUGCAAGGAUGUUGAUGAAAAAACUCGGGAAGAAGAAUACCUGUUACAUUCACCACCAAACAAGAGAAAGUCAUUAGAACUCCUGCAGCUUGAACUCGCUUCAUCGCCAGAGGCUUCAAAAGGUGCUAGUCCAUAUCCAGGACCAUCCAGUGCAGUGAAGAAGUUAGGUCUGCCAAUGUCCCCGACUGCAAACGCAAAGAAAGGUAAAAGAUAUGCGGGCAGUGAAGCGAGACACAGUAUGGCACAAGCAAAGAAGUCGCGGCGGUUAUCGAAAGCGAGUGCAACAGUAACAUCAGCAUCUUUAAAAGAUAAACAUUCAGAGAUAUUGUCCAGCAGUAUGUCUAGUCAAUCAUCCGAGGAGUCCAGUGAUGAUGAUCUGCAAUUAAGUUUAAAGAAAUCAAAAUUGAAAAAGAUGAAAUUAGAGAAUGCAUGGGAUGUGAUGCGACGGAGAAAGUUAGAGUCAGACAGGAAGAUUGCAGAGAAAAGGGAUAAGAAUAAGAAUAUUAAAACUGAAAGGAAAAGAAAAACGGAUGCAGUAAAAAGAAGGCAGGGUGAAUCAUCUAAGGUUCUGACGCUAGAGGAUACUGGUAGAAACCUGAAAAAUGGAGAAAAUGAACAUUGCUGGACAAACGAUGGGGAUAAAAGCGAUUUUUCAAAUCUAACUGAUCAGAGAAAAGACAUGAUGAAUAAACGCUUGUCUUUAGCUGUUACAAAGUCAGAAAAAGGGACACAAAGUGAAGAAAAAAUGUUUAAAGGACGUUAUAGCAUAUCUCCAUGUGCUGGGACAUCAACAGUAAGCGGCAUUGAUAAAAAUAAGAAAAGGAAAUUGAAAAGGGAAUCAUUGGAAAAUGACAAGGGACAGACUACGUUGACAAAUUGGUUAAAGCCCAAGACACCAGAGACAAAAAUAAAACCUCCAGCAGCAAAAGACAAUUUAAAAGAUGAAAACACAGAACAAGCUUUAAAUCGAACACCAACUAAAGGAGGUAAAAAGCCGGUAAUUAUGGAAUGGAAAGGAAAACAGUUGUUGAUAAGGUCGCCAAGAGUUUUAUUGAGAAGAAGCAGAAGUCGAAAUGUGGUGACAAUGAAACCGAAAUGUCUAGAAAUAGAUAUGACUGAUGAUAAGGGGAGUGUAGACUGGAAGAAUGACAUAGAUCUUCUCUCCAACAUUGAAAGUGAUGUGAGAGUAACAAGAACUAUGGUUGAUAUUGAUCAAAUUGAAGUUGCUAAAAUUUCUGCAAAGAAAGGGAAACAAAGCAGCGGUAAGAGUAGUACUGUAAAAAAAGUUGCAAGAAAUGAAAGCAUGGAAACUAAAGUGUCAAAUGCGAAUGAUAAAAGAUCUUUAUUGGUACAAGAAGAAGAUGAAGGAGAAGCUAGAAAAACUGAAAUGUAUGUUAAAACAAAAGCAUUACUUGGGAAAUCUGUCAAAAAUGAACGUGAUUUUGGCAGUAAACCUGAUUCAGGAGUAGAUAUUCACGAUACACAGGUGAACAUGAAAAGAGAGGACUCCCCAGCCAAAAAUUUGAGGGUUCGGACUGGUGGUGAUAAAACAAAGACAAAAUUGGUUAAGGAUCAGGGUAAAAUUCAUAUGGAUACUCCUGUUCAUGCUAACGAUAAGAUAUCUGUAAAAUUUAAGCAUCAGAAUUCAGCACCGAUUAACAUAAAAAACUCGCCAGCUAAAAGUUUGAGACCUCGUCAUAAAAAAGACAAGGGAAAAAACAUUUCAAUAGAAGAAAUUGGAAGCAUUUCAGAACAUUAUGUAAAAGAAAAUGAGCUCACCCCUACAUUGCAAACUGGAAACUGUUUUAAUUUUGCAGUACAGAAAGACAAAAGCUUGAAAGAGGAAGGGUCGCCUUACAAUGGAGGUUCACCUUUAAUUAAAGUAAAAGAUUCUUCACAGUUCGGAUCAGUGAUUCUCAUAAAUGACACUUAUGAUCGUAAAGUUAAUGAAUCUGUGGAUGAAGCCAAGAUCAGUCAGGAUAAUUUGGAAAGGUUGAAAAUGUAUAAACCAGUUGCUUUAUCUGAUUCACCAGCUAAAAAUCUAAGGAAAAGGAGUCAUCAGGCUGAUAGUACUAAAGAAAUUAAUGUGCAGAAAGAAGAUUCUGAUAAUGAUCGAUCUGUCAGUGUUGAUCAUUUGGAAAGGUUAAAAAAGUACCGGCCAAAAGUUGACUAUAUGAACUUUAGUGAUACAGGUCAGUCGUUUGCAAGUAUUGACCAAGCAGCAAUUGACAAUAAAAAUAAUGCUUUAAAAGAGAGUCAAACAUUUACAAAGUGUGUGAACAAACAAAAAGACAAUGUAGCUCAACAUGCAAGUGUUCUUUGGCAUCUUGAAGGAACUCGUCAGCUUAUUAAUGAAUCAGUGAAUGUUGUCACAAAGCCUCACGAUUUCGGCUGUGAAAAUACUUGUCCAAAUCUUCAGUCUGCUACAAAGGGAGGUAACUCUGCUCAGGGCACAAUUAAAUCGACACAAAGCAGAGGUCUUGAUUAUUCGAAUAUUCUAGGAGAAAAAGUGAAUGAACUCAGUGAUAAGCUUCCAACGUCUGUUACAAAGGUCUAUUCUUCCAAUGAGCAGAACAGUGUGGCAGAUUAUCCUCCACAAACUUUAUUAACAAAACAUAUACGGUCAGGUUCUAGGCCUGAAAGCUUGGACUCUGUGUUCUCCAACAAUCCUGCUACAAAGCUUAGAAGCAGUCCAAGAUCUUUGAAGAAAAUGUCCUCAAGUGCAUACAAGAACACUCACAUGCAGAAUAAUGUGUCAUUAGGGGAAUAUAAAGAAGUGAGUGUGGACCCAAUUAUGUCACAAACUUCAUUUCCUGACAAAAGUGUUCCCAAUAAAAAUGAUGCGCAGUGA